UCAACAAGCCGGUGUUGCUCCGCCAAGCGCAAGAAGUAUGUAAAUGCUGUAAAUGCUGCCGGGCCAUCGGUUAUGACCAUGCCGCCUACAUUAAUCCUGCAAAGGCAGCUGAGAUGCUCUCAGAAGGUGAGCUGAAGGACUUUGCCCAGGGCCAGUCCCUGUACCGUGUUCUCCAGCCCUGGUGGGAUGUCUUCAGCCACUACCUAUCCAUCAUGAUGUUCUCAAUCGGAACCCUCGGAGGAACUCUGCAGGUCACCCUCCGCAAGAUCGUCUGCGUCCCCUGUCAGAUGACAUCAGAUGACUUCUGUGUGGUUUUUAACCAUAGAGGCACCACAUUAAGGAAUGCCACUACUGAAGCCAGCUUCCCUCUCCUCCCCAAGGGCCUUUACAAGCUAGAUCUUCAGCAGUAUGCUUACGUUGACGCCGUGUGCUACGAAAAACAACUCCACUGGUUCGCCAAGUUCUUCCCCUACGUCGUGAUGCUAGAGACUCUGGCUCUUGUGAUUAUAAGCAACUUGUGGUUCAAGUACCCUAGCACCAGCUCCAGACUCAUGCACUUUGUCUCCAUUCUACACAAAUGCUGUGACUCUCCCUGGACCACCCGGGCCUUGUCCGAGACAGUGGCAGAGCAGGGUGGGCCCAGCCCAAUGAGCAUGUGUAGUCCUGCUCUCCAGGCCUCUUCAACAUCAGACUGUAGCAGCAGAAGGCCGAUGGGGACAGAGUUUCUUAGCGUUUUAGACAAAAAGGAAGGUGAGCAGGCCAAAGCUAUCUUUGAGAAGGUGAAGAAAUUGAAAGUACACGUGGAGGACAAAGACAUCAUUUAUCACUUGUAUAUGAGGCAGAUAGUCACCAAGAUUGUGUUUCUGCUGUUCACCUUGGCCUAUAUCCCUUACGCAGCCUCACAUAUCCUGUUUGACGUUGACUGCGUGGUAGAUUCCCAAGCGCUGAUGCCGUUUCAGCCCUUUCACUGUGUUCACUCACUGGCCACUAUUUUCUGGCUCCUCUCCUUGGUUUACACAGUACUGAUGGUCAUUUACAGCUUGACUUGCUUCUACAGCUUCUGGUGGAUGAUGAGAAACUCUCUCAGGGAGUACUCCUUUGACUCAGUGAGGGAGGAGAGCAGCUUUAGCGACAUCCCCGAUGUCAAGAAUGACUUCGCCUUCAUCCUCCACCUCCUGGACCAGUAUAACCCUCUGUUCUCUAAACGCUUUGCAGUCUUCCUCUCAGAGGUCAGUGAGAAGAAACUGAGGCAGCUCAACCUGAACUACAUGUGGCCUUUGGAGAAGCUGACCCAGAAGGUGAUGCGUAACGCUCAGGACCAGAUAGAGCUCCAUCUCAUGCUCCUCAGCGGCAUCCCAGAGGCCGUGUUCGAUAUCAGGGAGCUAGAGGUGCUCAAGCUGCAGCUGAUACCGGAUCCUAGGCUCACGCAGAAGCUUACGCAGCUUGGGAACCUGAGAGAGAUCUGGCUGGAUCAUUCUCCUGCCACCGUAGACCUCAUGGCUCUGGGGUUUCUCUCUGAGAACCUGAGGAUCCUGAGGAUGAAGUUCACAGAGGUGGAACAGGCUCCCUGGUGGGUUUUCAGUUUGCGUAACCUGACUGAGCUCUAUCUGUAUGGAAAUAUGUUCAAUCAGGACAACACGACGUUCGUCAACAGCCUACCCAAGCUCAAGAAUCUGUUGGUGUUAUUCAUCAAGUGCACCAUCACUGCCAUGCCGAAAGUGAUUACCAACUCAAUACCCUCGAUACAGAAGCUUUCCGUCGACAACGAAGGCACCCAACUCUCUGUCCUGCAGAGUCUGAAAAUGAUGUCACAGCUCACCUGCUUGGAGCUACCGAACUGUGAUCUCCAGCGGAUACCGAGUCCUAUCUUCAGCCUGAAGAACCUGCAAGAAAUAGACCUCAAAGGGAACAACCUCAAAACCAUUGAGGAGAUCAUCAGUUUCCAGCACCUUCCCAAGCUCUCUGUCCUGAAGCUGAAGUACAACAGUAUCACUUACAUCCCUGUCCACGUCGGGUUGCUGGGCAACCUGGAGCAGCUUCAUCUGGGUCAUAACCUCAUCAGCUGCAUGCCACCUCAGCUGUUCCUGUGCAGCAGACUCUAUCUGCUAGACCUCAGUCACAACAAGCUGUCUGACAUUCCUAUUGAAAUACAGGAACUGAAGAGACUGCAGCUCCUCAAUGUGUCUAACAAUAAUAUUGCCCAUCUCCCAGAAGGUCUGUUCCAGUGUAAGACCCUCCAGUCCCUACUGCUAGGUCACAACAACCUGUCAGUGGUCCCCCACCAGGUGGGUGAGCUGACCAACCUGGUGGUGUUGGACCUGAGGGGGAACCAGCUGGAGAGCCUUCCUGCCGAGCUGGAGGAGUGCCACAGCCUGAUGCCUAGUGGACUGCUGGUAGAGGAGGGGCUGCUCAACUCUCUGCCCCCCAGUGUCAAGGAGGGCUUCCAGAGGCCUGAUAAGGAGUACCUGGGGAAAAUGGAGGCUGAAGGAGUGGGGAAUGCUCUCACCUGUAACCCCAUUAUCUGUAAUACAGCAGGACAUGGAGAUACGGCCUGCAGCGUGAUAUACUCCAUGUGAUGGGGCUAUUCCAAAUGAACAUCUUACCUCAGUGGCUUUAAACCUGGUGUAUUAGUAGGCCUAUGUGGUUUACCUGGCCUAGCCACAGGGCAUACUUAUUUAACCUUUAUUUGAUCUGGGAGUCAUACUGAGACUAAGGUCUCUUUUACAGACGAGCCCUGAAUUACAAAAAUGACAGAAAAUACACACAUUAAAAUAUAAAAUACAAAGUACAAUCAGAAAGAAAAACGGUCAAAAAACAAACACAUUCAUCAUUAGGAAGAUCCUCAAUCAGUUUUCUGAGUUACCUUAGAAGCACCGAAACAUCACAUUUCAGAACAUUUUGAAGAUUGCUCAACAAAUAAGGUGCGAGAAAACUAAAAGCUGAUUUACCAAACUCAGUAGAAACCAAAGGCAUUUCCAGAGUUAAUCAUCACUGAGACGGGGGGAGGUGGUAGCUCAUAAGUCUAAAGGUUAGUAAUGAUGUUAGGUACAGUGAUUGUUUUUGUUAAAGGGCUUUAUAAACGAAAACCUAGCAAUGUAUCAAUCUACUUGACAUAAGUCCAUGCAGUGAUGAGUACGAAAACUGUCUAUACGUUUGAAGGCUCAUAAGAGCAAAGGACGAAUCGACUAGGUUAAGUACUAGUAAACGGGAAAAUACUUACUUUUAUAACAGUAAUGGAAUAUGACGGUUCCAAAUGAACACUCCCAUGUUCCAAUCCACUCUGUUGCUGCCAAGUACAACAUACAGUCAUUGUUUACAGUGGACCACUGACAAGUUCUGUUUGAUAAAAAUUUUUAAAAAAUACUUACAUUUCAUACUGAGCUCCUGUUGGGCAUUUCAUAUAACACGACCAUUUGUUUAGCCUGUGUGGUCAGACUAGUCACAUAACUGUGGUCACUUAGUGUUACUCGUGCCACAUACAAAUAAAAGUGUGAUUUUGUGAACUUAACCAUGACACUGUUUUUGAAAGACUGGGCAAGUCUAUCAGCCCAUAUCCACAAUAAAAAAAAAGUUAACUAGGUAAGUCAGUUAACAAAUUCUUAUGUACAAUGACUGCCUUUUGGUAGGCUAAAGGACUGCGAGGACGGGGGCUGUGAUUAAAAAUAAAAAUAUCUAUAAAUAUAGGACAAAUUACACAUCACGACAAGAGAGACACCACAACACUUCAUACAUAAUGAGAGACAUAAGAACAACAGCAAGGCAGCAACACAUGACAACACGGCAUGGUAGCAGGACAAAACAUUAUUGGGCACAGACAACAGCACAAAGGGCAAGAAGGUAGAGACAACAAUACAUCACGCAAAGCAGCCACAACUGUCAGUAAGAGUGUCCGUGAUUUGAGUCAUUGAAUGAAGAGAUUGAGAUAAAACUGUCCAGUUUGAGUGUUUGUUGCAGCUCGUUCUUGUCGCUAGCUGCAGCGAACUGAAAAUAUGAGGGUUAGCUCUCAGGCUAGGAUGAAAGACGGCUGGUUAAAGCCAGAAUGAGGGUUAGCUCUCAGGCUAGGAUGAAAGACGGCUGGUUAAAGCCUGUAUGAGGGUUAGCUUUCAGGCUAGAAUGAAAGAAGGCUGGUUAAAGCCAGAAUGAAGGUUAGGUUUCAGGCUAGAAUUAUUUUAUUUAACUAGGUAGGUCAAGUAAGAACAAAGUCUUAUUUUCAAUAACAGUUGGUUAACUGCCUAUUCAGGGGAAGAACAACAGAUUGUUGCCUUGUCAACAUGUGGAUUUGAACUUUCAACCUUUCAGUUACUAGUCCAACGCUCUAACCACCAGGCUACCCUGCAGGCCUAGAUUGAAAGGGUAAGUAAUCAAGGUAGUAAUGAAGUCCAGGUGUGACUGAUGAGGUGACAGAUACUGUAUCAUCUACACUGAAGAAAAUAUGAACACAACAUGCAACAAUUUCAAAGAUUGUACAGUUCAUACAAGGAAAUAAGUCAAUUGAGGCCUUAAUCUUUGGACUACAGAUAUGCAUCUGUUGGUCACAGAUACCUUAAAAAGAAUGCCGGGCCAUGGAUCAGACAACCAGUCAGUGUCUGGUGUGACCAGUAGUGACCCGUCAUUCAUGUUUUGAGCCCCACAUUUUUGGGAAAAAAAUGUUAUGAAAAUGUUUUGGUGGGAGGGUGUGGCUUGCCUGUUUUGGUGGGAGGGUGUGGCUUGCCUGUUUUGGUG